AUGGUCACCCAGAACAUCCUUGGUGAGGUUUUUUCUGGUCUCUUGGACAUGAAUGCUUUCCAGGUCCUGUUUGUCCUCCUGACUACUGCAGCAGCAGCUGACGGUCAGUCUUUCCACCGUGGCAGUUGCCCCCAGCCAUCUGUUCAAGAUAACUUCAAUGUUACAAAGUAUAUGGGCACCUGGUAUGAAAUAGAGAAGCUCCCAGCUAUGUUUGAGAGAGGAAAAUGUAACCAAGCCACAUACAGUCCUCUCGCCGAUGGGACCGUCAAAGUUCGCAAUGUAGAGCUGUUGUCUAAUGGGAAGAUGAAUUCAAUUGAGGGUGUUGCCAAAGUUAAAAACUCAUCUCAACUUGCUAUUCUGGAUGUCAGCUUCUUUAAAGGUGUUCCAGAUUCUCCCUACUGGGUGCUCUCCACAGACUACCAGUCAUAUGCUCUGGUGUACUCCUGUUUUGACUACUUUGGCCUUUUCCACAUCGACUUCGCCUGGAUCCUGGCUCGCACUCGGGUGUUGACUCAGGACGUCGUCAGCCAGUUACAUGACAAGCUGGCUGCUGCUGGUGUGAACAUAAACCGCCUCACAGUCAGCAAUCAGACUGGGUGUGAUGUGAUGUCCUGAGGCGUGAUCAGCACAAUGAACUGAAGGGGAGGAAAGUGCUGAAUUGGCUGUUUUGAACUGUAGCGCAAACUUCAAGCACAGUACUUUGUU